GAGCGCCAGCAGCUGCACCGUUGGCCUACCCCAGAUGAAGGACUACGUCCUAACAGAGUCUCUGGGAACUGGUACCUAUGCCACUGUGUACAAGGCCGUACAUAAGGUGUAUGGAGUUACCGUUUGUGUCGGUGUGUUUAUGCAUGCAAACGACUGCAGGGAAAGCAGAAGGGAGUGGUUGCUGUAAAAUGCAUCAAGCGAAGCCGCCUGACUGUCAGUUCGAUGGAAAAUCUUUUGACUGAGAUUAAAGUAAUGAAACAGCUACAGCAUGAGCACAUCGUGCAGCUUUCUGAGUUUGAAUGGGACACCAACUACAUCUUCUUGAUUAUGGAGUACUGCAGUGGAGGUGACCUAUCAAACUUCAUAAGGAGUAGAAACACACUCGCCGAGGUUGAAGCCAAAUAUUUCUUGCAACAGUUAGCUUGUGCACUACAGUUCUUGAGAUCAAAAGGAAUUGCGCACAUGGACCUUAAACCUCAGAAUCUACUACUUCAUGUAACAGCUUCAAGAAAGUACAUUCUCAAAGUUGGAGGUACAAACAUUGCAUGUCAGCCCACAGGUUUCUGGCACAGUGCCUUUAUCUUUUCAAAUUGCUGUGCAGGCAGUUUGUGACCAUUACAUUUUGUUGAUAUGCCAACUUUACCAACGCCCCGGCAUAGAAGAACUAUGUUUGCUAUACAUAUUCAGGAAAUAGUGUCAAAAAGGAUCACUUUUAUGUGCAAUACGCAUACACGUGUAGGAAGAAUUGGAAAAUUUUCACGAAACUUACCUGCACCACCCUCUGAUUUUCCUACAUAAUUAUGCAGGAAGAUUUGAGAAAUAUUGCAAGGGCCACUUCAUAAUUUUCGGAAUAUUUCCGGCACUUUCGAAAGUAAAGGCCUUUAGUGCUGGCAUAUUUUGUAAUAUACACUCUCACUUGCAAAAAAAAAUUCUUAUUUUG